CAGGAUAGAAGACUAUACAUUCUUUUGCAGUUCCUGGGCGAGAAGCUCCAACCGUCACGAUGUUGCAAACGCGAAUAACGGCUCCAAUUCGAAGAGUAGUAACUGCCAAGCCUUCGUUAUGUAUACGAUGCCAGCGACGAGUCCUCACACUUCCAGGAUUCCUCCUCCCGCUUCGACCCUUCGCAACCACAACUACCUUCCGUCGUCCCGCAAAUUCCUCAGAAGAGCUCAAAGAUGACGAGCCAGAAUUUAUCCCUCAGCCACUUGGCCGGCCGAUUGGCUUCCCCAAUCCCCCGAAACCGGGCCAAUCCAUAGGCAGAGAAAAGAAGACUUAUACCGGAGCAACAAUGUUGGACCGCAACUUGGAAAAGCGGAAAGACCUCGUGAAGGAGUGGCAACAGAAUUAUUUCCGGGACUUGAAGAACGUCAGGAAGUACAGGAAGGGGAAGACGUUCAUGGCCAAUCCAAGGAUAUUCAAGAAGGAGGCAGCGCUAUACUUCCCCAAUUUUCACGGCGAAACGUUGGCGGAAAGGGAAGCAGAUACCACGCCGAUACUGAACGGGAAGAUAAGCGUCGUCAAUAUAUUUGGUACCCUCUGGGGAGAGGAGCAGACGCAGAGCUUCACUGGGAAAAAGGAAAAUCCUGAACUAAGACGUUUAUUGGAAGAGAAUAAGGAUAUAGCGCAAAUGGUGGAUCUCAAUGUCGAGGAGAACACGAUGAAGGCAUGGAUAGUGGCAAUAUUCAGAUGGAAACUCAGACGACAGCGACCAGAGGAAGAUUGGAACAAAUAUUUUGUGAUCAGAAGAGGUGUAAGCGAUGUCAUCAGGGAGAAAAUCGGCUUGUUAAACGGCCGAGUUGGUUAUGUGUAUCUCCUUGACGAGAAUUGUAAGAUUCGGUGGGCCGGAAGCGCAGAUGCAGAGGGAACGGAGAAGGAAGACUUGACGAGGGGAGCGCAAAGAUUGAUCCAGGAGUACAGGACGUUCCUGGCCAGGGUGGAAGACUUAAAACGGCAGAGGUAGUUCACAAACCACGUCGAUGAGGGCCCCGAUGCACAGUCAGCCACCGAGCGAAAAUCUUGAGAAUGGGAUCACUACGCAGCAACUUGAGGUUCCUUUCUGGAACCCACCUCACCAAGAAACGUGGUCACGAUGGAAAGAGUCAUAUUGGGCUUC